AAGGCACCAUUACAAGUCACGGAAGUAUUCGCUGCAAGAGGAUCCGCAAUGGAGAAAGCGAUCGGGAGCGGGUCUCCCGGAUGGCUCGAGCGUGUUCGGGCGGCGCGUCAGCGUGCAGCCGGAGGAGGCGAGCACGCUGCAGGAGCUGGACAUCGACGACCUGGAGUCGCACAGGAGCGACGAUCCGCGGGGAAUGAGGCGCCACAAGGCGGCCUACUCGACGGUGCAGAUCGGCCGGAAGAAAGAAGGCGGUAUACCCUUCGACACCUUCAAGAAGAUGUACGAUCACUCUCCGCACGAGGUGUUCGUACAGCUGGACGAGUUGCACGGGGUCGGGGAGGAUAGAGAAUGGCGAGAGACGGCCAGGUGGAUCAAAUACGAGGAGGACGUCGAGGAGGGCGCGGACCGAUGGGGCAGGCCCCACGUCGCCUCCUUGAGCUUCCACUCGCUGCUGAACCUUCGCAGAUGCCUCGAGACGGGCGUGGUCCUGCUCGACCUGGAAGGCAAGGACCUCCCGGGUCUGGCCCACCGAGUGGUCGAGCAGAUGGUCAUGGAGGAGCUGAUCCUUCCCGAGGACGAGGCCGUGGUCAAGAGAGCGUUGCUCCUCAGGCACAAACACGUACACGACCAUGACCGCGGCUUCCGGUUCGGUGGAAAGAGGACCUCCUCCAGCUACAACAGCCUCCAGGUAAUUACUCCUGUUCGGUCCCCGUUGACCGCCUUCGGCCACUCGGGUACCGCGGUCCCUCUACUUUACCAACGACACGUUGCUCUAUUUGGUUAUUACCAAGAAUAAAAAUAACCGUUUCAAACUGUUGCAUAUCGGAUCUGACCGAAACAGUUCUGAAGAACGGGAAAGAUCUUAUAACUGUCAUAAAGUAUAUCGGUAAUAAACUUGUUAUCAGUUUCGGCUCUCCAGAACUACGGAUAUUAUGUCGGUUAUACAGGGUUUCCCGAAAAUGUCUCGC